CACAGUGAGAAUAAUGCUUAAGCUGCUGGUGAUAUUAACAACCUCAACAUGCUUAUUUUCGACUGUUAAUUCUGGUGUGCCAAUUGGAACUGGUGGUCCGUCAAUAAUAUACGAAGGUAAAGAUGCAUUACUUACAUGCGUGGUAUCAGAAAAUCGCUCGAACAAUACAGUUAUAUGGAAGAAAUCGGGAGAAAUUCUGACAGCUGGUAUGGUGCGCGUCUCCAGCGAUUCUAGAAUAAGUGUACUACACGAUGAGAAUCCGCGUGGUCGAAUUGGUGGUUCAGGUGGGGAAGUUUGGGUAUUACUAAUAAAAAGACUUAAAUCUACAGAUUCUGGUAGUUAUAUAUGCGAAUUAAAUUCUGAACCUGCGUUACGCAGUAUACACAUAUUAACUGUUAAACAAUUGCCGUCAAGUAGUACGAAUAGCACAGUGAUAGAAACAACAGAUUCUAGUGAUUUGUUCUUAGUACCACCACCACUUGACGCCACAGAUAAUCGUUCCUUCUGGCGUCCCAGCAUACCACCACAAAUUACACACGAUUUCACAGAAUGCUGUGAAAGAGGUAAUGUUACAUCGGAGUGCAUGGGCUUCUGUAAUGUGCACAAUAUACUCGAUGGCACAACAGGCGUUGAACCAGAAGCAUGCGAAAAAGAUUUUCCCAGUAUUGUGCGUUGCAUGGCUGAUGGACGCAACCAUGUGCCAUGUUGUGUGGAAAAACAAAUACCAGAUUUGUGUCAAGAUAUGUGUCGUGGUGAGUACACGCCAUUCACUGACCACCUCAAGACACGCGUGUCGUGUGUGCAUCACACAUUAAGUGGCUUACAAUGCAUAUUGCAAGGCGUACAAAUGAUACCAAGCAUGCCGGUAGCAGUUUCAGCCACCAAUAUUACAGAAAAUUCAGUAACCAUUUAUUGGUCUCCACCAGAGAAAUUGUCACACAAAGUCGAUCAUUACAUUGUUAAUUUAACCGCUUUGCAUAGCUUUGAUGAAGACGAUGCUAAUGAUGAAGAUGAUGUGUUACGUUCACCCGAAAAAGUAAUUAUUCGUUCAGUGCCUAACAGUCAAAAUACAGUAACGAUAAAUUAUUUGAAUCCACUGACGAUGUAUGCUAUCACCGUAACUGCAGUCAAUGAUUUUGGUUCGAGUCUGCCAAGUGAACGUUUACGUAUUUUCACUCACAACAGCGACUCAGCAGCUGAACAGCAAGCCGGUCAGACCAAUAAAACGAAUGCACCAGAUUUGCCAGACAUACGUGGUUGCUGUGAAGCGAAUGGCAUGACACAUCGCAUGUGCUUGGAAAAGAUGUGUGAUCCACAAAAAGCUGACUUGGCACGUUUGCCGGACUUUAUGGUUUGCGCGCCUUGGACGAAUAUCACGUUCAAUUGCUUGGCAAAUAAUAUCGAUCAUACGCCAUGCUGUCGUUCACGAGGCAUCCCAACCGCUUGCUUUCCUUUGUGCACCGGUCAGGUUACAGCGUUGAACUUUAGUUUAUUUAAGUGUUUGCGUUUUAUGCCUGAGUUCAGCAGUUGCCUCUUUCAGGGAUAUGGGGUGCUAGCGGGGCCACCAUCGAAAAUCGUAACAGUGGCAAAAACAGAUAAUUUCGUUAUACUGGAUUGGAAUAAACCAAAAACUUUACCCGAGACCAUAAGCAGUUAUCACGUUAAAUUUCGGCAUAAUAUUAUUGAGCAUUAUAACCCUGAAUUAGUGGAUUGGAUUCUAAGCGCAACGGAAACUGGGGAUACGGUGGAGUAA